AUGACCGUAUACGUUGCUUCUACUACUGCUCCCGUCAAUAUCGCAACUUUGAAGUACUGGGGAAAAAGAGAUGCUAACUUGAACUUACCAACCAACUCUUCUAUCUCCGUGACAUUAGCUCAAGAUGAUCUUAGGACUUUAACUUCUGCAGCUACAUCCGAGAGGUUUGAGAAGGACACCUUAUGGUUGAACGGUAAAGAAGAAUCACUAGCUAAUAAAAGAACUCAAGACUGUUUGCAGGAUUUACGUGACUUGAGACAUCAAUUGGAAUCCCAAAACCCGUCUUUACCUAAAUUAUCUCAAUGGAAACUGCAUAUUGUCUCUGAGAAUAAUUUCCCAACUGCUGCAGGUUUAGCAUCUUCUGCCGCUGGGUUCGCUGCAUUAGUAGUAGCUAUCGCUAAACUAUACAAGUUACCUCAAGAUAUGUCUGAAUUGUCAAGAAUUGCUCGUAAGGGUUCUGGUUCUGCCUGUAGAUCGCUGUUCGGAGGUUUUGUUGCUUGGGAGAUGGGUGAUGCUGAAGAUGGUUUGGACUCUAUGGCUGUUGAAGUCUUACCAUUAGAGGCUUGGCCUGAAAUGAAGGCUGCCAUCUUAGUUGUCAGCGACGUCAAGAAGGAUACCUCAUCCACUCAAGGUAUGCAAUUGACCGUUGCAACAUCUGAUCUAUUUAAAGAAAGAGUUACUACAGUUGUUCCAAAACGUUUUGUAGAAAUGAAAGAGGCUAUUGUAAAUCGCGAUUUCACUAAAUUUGCUGAAAUGACUAUGAAGGAUUCGAAUUCAUUCCAUGCCACUUGUCUAGAUUCAUAUCCACCAAUCUUCUAUAUUAAUGACACUUCAAAGAAAGUUAUAAGAUUAGUACAUUCCAUUAAUGCUUUUUUCAACGAAACUGUUGUUGCUUAUACUUUCGACGCAGGUCCAAAUGCAGUCCUGUAUUAUUUAGAAAAAAACGAGAAUAAGUUAUUUGCAUUUUUAUAUAAACUGCUACAUCAAGUUGAUGGAUGGGAACCAAAAUAUAAUAAAGAUCAAUUGAAUGGGUUUAUUAAUACUUUUGAAAAUGAAUACAAGGACAAGAUUGAAUUCUUUAUCGAUCCUGAAUUAUAUCAAGGAAUAACCAGAAUUAUAUUAACUAGAGUUGGACCUGGUCCACAAGAUUCCGAAAAAUCUUUAAUUGAUCAAUCUACUGGUUUACCAAAAUAA